GUCGCGCGCCAGCCAGUUUACGGCUCUGCUGCCGCUUCGGCGUGACACGAGAGGUCGCGGACCGCUGCGUGGACGCCUUCACAGCCGCGGUGACGGCGUGCGAGCUGGCCACACGCCCUCGAAAGCUUGUAACCGAGGGCGCGCUCUCAGGCGCUUAAAUAAAAAAAUUAAAUACGAUGCCGCCGCUGCGCGAGAAGACGAACGCCAAGCCCACGACGAGCGAAGAUAGGGUCGGCGCGUCCCUGCCGCCGAGGAUCGAAGGCGCCACGCGCGGCGAAUUGGACGUGCGCGUCUCCGAGCUACGAGGCGCGGAGGGCUUGACCCUGGUCCUAAGGUGGUGGGGCGAGGGCGAUCAGAGUGGAGGCGUGGCCUUCGACGUGACGCGCAAGAACCAGAAAAGGGGCAAGGCGCAGUGCCUGUUUCCGAGUCGCGUCGACGGCGCGGGACUAGGCCGAUAUCUCAAGGACGCUCGAGUGCUGAGGUUCGACGUCGUGGCCCAUGGCCGCGUCGUGGGCGCCCUGAAAGUCCCUCUGUCCAAGGCGCCCGUCGGUGCUAUUCAAGAUGACGGCGAGAAGUCACUGGUCGAUGCAAGGUUCAGUGCAGCCCAGAUCCAGGAGAUCGGACUGACACCAGCUCAAUUGGCGCGACGACCUCCCAGAAAGCAGCUCGGCUCGGUGCGCGUCAAGGUCGUGGCCAGGAUGGGCAAGGCUUCCAAGGUGAAAAACGCGACGACCGUCCAAGGCGCCCUCAAGCAGUCCGUCGAUCUACCUCCUACAACAGACCACAAAGACACGAUGGAAGGGCGGCUCGCGAGUGCGGGGAACCGCUUUUAUAGGGACCCGGAGGCGCUCGGCGAAGCGAUGCCGGUGGGCAAAGCAGGCGUUCGUAGGAAACAACCUUCACCGGAACAGGUCUACAAGAUGAGGCAGUCGGAAGAGAACCCCUGGGGCGCUCCGGAAGAGCACAAGACGGGCGGUUUGUCCAACGAGCCGGCGUCGGUCUUCGCGGGGCCAUCGACUACGGAGACGACUCCAGCAUCAGUGUUUGGUGGCCCAUCCUCGGCGGGCUCCGCCGUGGGUUCCGCCGUGGCCGCGGCCUUCGGCGGACCCGGGGGCUCGGCGGCGUCGCCGGAAACCUUCGGCGGGCCGUCUACGGCGGCCUCGGCGGCGUCGCCCGCGGCCUUCGGCGCGCCGGGCGACGAGCUCACGACCAUCGACGAGCGCACGACGCCGCCUUCGUCGAAGACGGCCGUCGCGCGCCACGACAUGCAAGAGGCACCACCGGCGACGCUCGAAGCGUUGUUAAGAAGGGGCGAAGCGCUGAGAGAACAUGUCUUACAAGUCGAGCACGCCUCGGGCCUCAAAGACGACGGCGCCGCCGUCGCCGCAUUUCUAGAUGACGAAUUGAUAGCAGCAACAGAAAGCACCAAGCCGCCCGAACCGCCGCCAUCAUCGCAAAUCGGCAAGGCGCCCGCCGAGGAGGCUCCGGCGCCGGCGGCGGAAGGCGUCCCCCCGGCGCCCGCUCUAGAGGGCGGUGGCGUCACGGCGCCCCUCGCCACGACCUUCCCUUCAUCAGCCCCUCUAGAAGCUCUGGAACGAAGGGCCCAGGCCCUCGCCGCGGACGUCGAGGACGACGCCGCUGAGUACUUAGCUCACGAGGACGACGCGUUAGUUGAUGAACUUUUGAGAGAUCCGGAGAUCCAGCGGGCCAUCGCGCCGUCUCCACAACAAGUUGUCGAGGCGCCGCCGCCGCCGCCUCCACAAGAACAACCUGUGGUGGAGGCAUUCACGACGCCUGUUGUUCAAGAACCUCUAGACCCGCGGCAGCUGCGAUGUCUGCUGCGCGUGCGGAGCGGGUUGCUCAACCGGGAGACGGCCGCCGCGUCGUCCGCGGCGCGCGUCGCGCACCACUGGGCCCUGCCUAAUUCUGUAGACCGCUCCUACAGGAGACGCGACGGCAAGUACGGGAGCGACUACGUCGCGGGAGAGCGGCAGGGUUCCCGAAGUGUGUACGCCUUUGCGUAUGACUGCAGUUCCCCUUACUCGACGUCGUGCUCCUUCAACGCUUUACAAAUAGUAGAAGUGUGGUGCAAAAGUUACGAUGGAGUGACCGAUAGUCUAGUAGGCGUCGCGAAGGUACCUCUCUCCCAACUCUCAUCAAAAGUGCAGGCCGCGUCGCGACGAGUCAGCCGGGCCCACCGGCUAACGGAGACGGCCUUUUCUCGUGUUGAUGACUGGUUAAUCGACGAAUCGCGAGCGUUAGUAUCAGAUUCAAGUAUUGAUAUCGUGGACCCGUUAUCCGCACAGAAGAAAGGGACCAUCCAAGUCUCAUUAGCUGUAGGAACACCUACACAGCUACGCCACCUAGACGACGCGCGCACGUACGACGCGGCGCGGCUCCUCCAAGCGAACCACCGGGGAAGAGCUUCUCGACGAGCCCAUCGAGGGUUAUUCGACGACGGUGCCACGGAACCGCUCUCGAGGGCCGUCGACGAGGAGUUCUUCGCCCCCGAGGAGGAAGAAGGCAAUCUCGCGGAGUCGAUACCCAUCCAGGGCGUCGUCCAGCACACGCUCGAAGUGUCCCUGACGGGCGAGUGUUCGUUGCCGACGGACUCGGGGGCGUCGGUGACGUAUCGCCUGGCGAACGCGGACCAGGAGCUCUGGUGGGAUUCAGAUAGUGCGAGACUGAACUCUAGGUUGCGCCACGACUUCUCGACGCCUCUUGCGUCAGUAGAGGUGGCUGCCGUGCGCUGUCUGGUCGGGGAUGGGUCGUCUGGUGUUGACUUUAGUGUUGAGGUCGAGGGCGAUGCAUAUGUUGCUCGAUUACCUAUCAGGGACGUGAAAGCACUAGUGCGGAGGGACGUGCGGGACUUUGCUUGUACGUUGCCUUUGACGAGACGAGGUCAAAGUACACCAUUCACUUUACCCUUGACUUUUGGCUACAGGCGCGAGCCGGACGCCGUCGCUAGGGUGCGGGCGUCGCGCGAGUCUCUGACGGUAGCGGAAGAAUCAUUGGUCGAGGAGGAGGAGGAGCCCACGGUCAUCGUGCGCGCGCGGCGCGCCUUCCUGCAGGACGAGGCUCCGGCGCCCCGCGACGACAACAAUGACGAGACCCUCUCGCUCACGGUGAGCGGCGCUAGAGGUCUAGGAGCCGUGCUACGGGCCUGGCGCACGCAGGGCCGCGGCUCUGGCACGUUCCCCCUCGAGGAGACCGCUCACGUGACGUACGCGGCCGAUCUCGAAGUGCGCGUUCUAGAUGCGAACGACGAACUGCUGGCGACCAUGACGUCGCCGUCGUUCUCUUUUUCAGGAGCGGACGAGGAGAACGACGUGCUGGAUUCGACCGUGUUGUUACCUCAGAGGUCAGUAUCGAUCGAUGCCGCGGCGUCGCUGGACUUUGCUAUCCGACUAGUAGAUGUCCGCGCGGGCGCGGCGUCCGCGGCGGUGGACGGGCCGUUGGGAGUGCCCAUCGCUUCCGGGCGAGCUUCGCUGCCGAUCGACGGCUGGGUGCGCAUCAGUGGUGAUGGCAACUACCGAGGCGCGCUCCGCGUGCGUGCGGCGUACACGUCUGACGUCGCUCCACCAUUGUCGCCCGUCGCGCCUGCCUCGCCCGUCGCGGCACCACCAGCACCGGUCGCGGCGCCUCCGCCACCGACCAUGGCCGACGCCGCGACGUCGCUCGAUGCGGACCGCUUGACGGCCAUCAUGCGCCAAGCUUUGCAACCGGCUAUCUUACCGUCGACGGAACCUUCCAUAUAUACGGAUGAAAAUACUUCAGUGCGCAUAGCCAUCGAGAAGGUCGAGGGCUUGCCUAACGAGGACUGGAGGUGGACCGUGGCGUGGAAAGUGGACGGCAACGACUACGCGACGCCGCCCGUCGCCGGUGCUUCAUCUGUCGAUUUCGGGGGUUGGGCGGCCGUCGCCAAGAUCCCUACUCGUAGAUUAGCGACAUCAUCGGUAGUGUUCGAGGUCCUCCAGGGCGAGGCCAACCGGCCGACGGCGUCGAUCGUUGGAAAGACGACGGUGGAUUUGGGAAUGCUGGCCUGCGGCUUGUCCUGCGUCGACGGCGCGUAUCGGUUGUCCGAUGAUUUCUGCCGGGAGAAAGGUGUCUUAACCGUGAAGAUCGGAACCGUGUCUGAGGAAGAGGAGGCAUCCCUGCCGCCGCCGACGCCGUCGCAGGAGGUGCAACUGCCGCCGGACCCGCGCUCGGACUCGCCCGACGCCUUCGCCCGUCAAAGGGAACACGAGCGGAGCGAAGCUUUGAGGCGACGAGCCCACGCGCUCGAAGCUGCGGUUGGGGAGGAGGCUAGACGACUCGGCGAUCUGGGCAGCAUGCUGCGGUCCCUGGAGAACUUGGGAGGGAGGCUGCUGACCUUUGGGCAGGAGGCAUCUGAAUCAUCGGAGGACGAUAAUGAUGAUGAUAUCGAGGUCGAGGCCGUCGCCCAGUCGCCGGGCUUUUUGGCGCCGCCGCCCUGGGAGCGGCCCCAGGAGGAAGAAGAAGACGACGCCUGGUCUGACGCGCCGCCGUCGCCCGAAGAACCGGAGUCGCCCCAAAGGGUCGCGCACGCGACGAACGCCCUGGCGGAAUCUUUAAGGAAGAAAUACGACGCGGACGCGGCGGCUCUCGCCGCGGAGCGCGCGGCGGCGUCGCAAGAACUCCAACGAGCCGCCGCGGAACGGGAGGCGUUAGCUGCAGAAUUGCGCAAGGCCGCGGAAGAACGGCGGAAACUUGAGGAACGGACGUCGUUACUAGAACAGCGGGAAGCGCAGCAUCGUUUAAAUGCGGAGAACGAGGCCAAAGAACGCGCCGAGGCGAGCGCGGCCCUCGCGGCGCAGGCGGCCGCGGCGGCGGCCGAGGAAGCGGCGAAGGCUGUGCAACCGACGCGCCUCGCCGCGAUAAAUGACGAGGUCCACGCGGCCGAGGACGAGUUGCGGGCGGCGCGCGCGGACCUGGUGCGGCACGCGGACGAGCAGCCCUCGGACUCGGGGGCCUCGUCGACGUCCUCCGGCCGGCGCUACCGCGACCCGCGCUUCGCGGCGGCCGAGACGGAGCGGAUCGCGCGGAUCAUGCGGGGAGCGCUGUCCGCGUAAGUUUUUGGGAGAA